AUGGAUGCGCUAAAAAAGAAUUCUGGCCACUCUAGAAACCUCGUCCCAAAAGUCCCGAGAAACACUCCUAAUGACAUAAUACUAUAUGCUCUCACAACAGAGAAGGCCGCAAGAUGCAUGGAUCAGUUCAACACCUUGGUCUUCUAUGUGGAGAAAACCUCCACCAAGCCGGAGAUUAAGAAAGCCAUUACUGAGCUCUAUGGGUUCAAGGUCAAGAAAGUCAAUACCCUGAUAAAUAAGCAUGGGAAGAAAGCAUAUGUCCGAUUCGAUGAGAAGGAUGCAGCCCUUGAAAUUGCUAGUAGAAUAGGUGCAAUCUGA